AUGCCUUCCGUUCUCAUCGUCGGGGCUACACGCGGUCUGGGCCUCGAGCUCGUCAAGCAGUAUGCGGCCAAAAACUACACCGUCUCAGGCACAGCCCGCUCGAACCCUGCAAAGGAUGCACCAGACAGCAUCCACUGGAUCAGCGGUGUCGAUGUUGCUGAAGAGACUGCUGGCCGCAAGAUUGCAGAAGGUCUGAAAGGCCAGAAGCAAGACAUUGUCAUCAUCUCUGCCGGAUAUUUUGGCAAGGAGAGCUUUGAUGAGCCGGACUUCGAAGCUGAGGUCACGAUGUACAAGACCUCAGCUAUUGGGCCUGUUUUCAUCGUUCAUGCGUUGGAGAAGGCUGGAUUGCUGGGUAAAGGAUCAAAGGUCAUUUUGGUGUCUUCGGAGGCUGGAAGCAUCACUUUGAGACACGAGAGUGAAGGUGGCGGGAUGUAUGGACAUCACGCGAGUAAAGCUGCGUUGAACAUGGUGGGGAAAUUGUUGAGUUUCGAUUUGAAAGAGAAGGGUGUGGCGGUGGGUUUGGUGCAUCCUGCUUUCAUGAGGACUGAAAUGACGAAGGGUGUUGGAUUCGACAAGUUUUGGGAUGUUGGUGGUGCCGUUACACCAGAUGUCAGUGCUGGUUCGUUGGUUGAAUGGAUCGAGGGGUUCGACAUCAGUAGUACCGGAGAGUAUUGGGCUCCGAGAGGCGCUGGAGACAUUGGCACUGCGGAACCUGCUCUUGGUAAGAAGAAAAGUGAGCUGCCGACUCCGCUGCAGCUACCAUGGUGA